GUGAUAGUAUGUAAAAAAAAAAUAGUGAAAAUAUUUUUUUUAAUUUUCCAAAAAAUUUUGACAAAAAAAUUACAACUUCAAAAAACUCGCCAUGCCUCUUAUGAAGUACGUCGGACUGUCUACUGUCUAUUUUGCAAAAAUUUGGGGUCAUUUGGGGGAUAUCUGUACUAUUCUGACAUUCUUGGACCUCAAGAAAUUAGAUUGGCCGUCAGUACUUCAGGAUUGAUCAAUAUUCAGAUCUAUACCAUAGUUUGUGAACUCUAUAACUUUCCUACAAACUAAAAAAUACAUCCUAAUUUGGGUUAUUUUCACCAAAGACAUGUAG